AUGGCCGCUCUCGUGAGCGAUCCCGCCGUCGACGAGCUCGAGGCUGCGCUCGAGCGCAUCGUGACGCCGCCUCGCCACCGGAUCGAGGACGACGAGCCUGCGGCCUUUGCCGAGCACGUCCUGUGUGGCGCGGCGCAGCAUGCGUUUGCCGUGGACCGGCUGGUCGAGAGAGGCGUGACGGCCGUGGUCAACUGCGCGCCCGCCGGCGCGCACGACUGCCGCGCCAUGUACGCAGCUCGCGGCAUCGCCUACCUCGCUCUGGACGGCUGCGAGGAUAUCGCCGGCUACGACCUGUGGCAGCACCUCGACGCGGUCCUCGCCUUUGUCGAGGCCGAGACGAGCGGCGCGCGCCGCUCCGGCCGCGUGCUCGUGCACUGCUUCGCCGGCUCCAACCGCUCUGCCAGCUUUGCCAUCGCGGCUCUUCUGGUGACGACGCGGGAGCCGCUCGAGCCGCUCGUCGCGCGGUGCUUUGCGCUGCGGCCCUUCAUCCUCAAGAACAAGACCUUCCGACGGCGAGCGGAGAGGAGAGAGCGGCGCCGCAGCGCGUUCGCCACGUGCUACGCCUGCUGCGUGCAGGGCAGCGCGGCGCCCCUCGCGGCCAAGGUGGUUGUGCGCGGGAGGUGGGUGUGGAUCGGCGGCCGCUCCGUGCCUGGCGACGUCGCGGUCGAGUCGCUGCGGCGCGAGGCGAGGGCGCUGCGGCGGGUGGGCGAGCACGCGCACGUCGUCGAGCUGCGCGGCCUCCGCUCCGAGCCCGAGCGGGAGGUGCUGCUCAUGUCGCUCGCGCCGGGCGGAGACCUCGCCAAGGUCGCGCUCGACUGCCCGAGCGGCAUGCCCGCCGACACGGUCCGGCACCUGCUGCGCGGCUUGCUCGCGGCGCUGGCGCGCCCUGCGGCCGAUGAAGGGCGGGCAGGCCAGGCCGUGAGCGUGGGCCGGUCGGGCCUGAUCCUGCGGGUCCCUGCGCGGCUGACAUGGCCAGCCAAGCCGUGUGCGCUGCCGUGGGCGUUGUCGUGGGUGCUGUCGUGGGUGCUGCCGUGGGCGCUGCUGUGGGCGCUGCCGUGGGCGCUGCCUCGGUCAGCAGUCGGCCGCCGGUGGCAAAUCGGGGGGGCGCGGGCCAUGGACGUCGUGGCCGAGCUUUGCUGCCUUCUUGCACGUUGCCGGCUGUAA